GCAAGGAGGGGACCACGGAGGUACAGAGGUGGGCUGGGCUGGGCUGGGCUGUCAGCGUUGGGUCCUUCCUGUAGCAUCCUUUUCAUUGUAUCAUAUUCCUUAUCAAUUCUAGCCGUGGCAGCUGAAGAUAUUAGCAUCAAGAAUCAAAAUGCUCAAGAAUCCUUCAUCAGUUCACACUGGAAUAUAAGCGAAGACACCAUGCCACAGAGGAGACCAUCGCCCUUGAACAUAAAAUAUUUUGGGGGGAAUGCAUCUAACAUCUCCAUAAAGACAGCGAGGAAGCCGGACUCAGAGGUAUCAUAUUAUUGUGCGAAUUGUGAUAGGAUACUAUUUUGACAUGUCGCGGAAGAGUUCAGAUAACGCUAUGAUUCGAUUGCGGAGGAUGUCUAUGGCUAAGAACAGCGAAACGGUGAAGGUGGUAGUCCGAUGCCGCCCCAUGCAAAAGAAAGAGGAGGCGAUGAAUCAUGAGAAAAUAGUGGAGGUAGAUGUCAAUUUGGGACAGCUUAGGGUGCGUAAUCCGAGGGCGCAGCCUGGGGCAAUCAUGAAAACAUUUACAUUCGAUGCGGUGUAUGACAUGGCCUCCUCCCAAAUUGACCUGUAUGACUACACAUGUAAACCCCUUGUGGACUCGGUUCUUCUUGGUUUCAAUGGAACUAUAUUUGCCUAUGGACAGACGGGGACAGGUAAAACAUACACAAUGCAGGGUUCGCCCGAGCCUGAAAAGCGUGGAGUCAUUCCAAAUUCAUUUCAUCACAUUUUCACACAUAUAUCCAGAUCUCAAAACCAACGGUAUCUAGUGCGUGUCUCCUACAUAGAAAUUUAUCAGGAAGAGAUCCGGGACCUGUUGUGCAAAGACAACAACAAGAAACUUGAACUCAAAGAGAAUCCUGAUUCUGGUGUGUAUGUGAAAGACCUCUUGUCAGUGGUGACUAAAAGCAUACAAGAAAUUGAACAUGUUAUGGACUUGGGGAACCAAUCUCGGUCUGUAGGUUUCACUAAGAUGAAUGAGCGCAGUUCUCGGUCACACGCCAUCUUCAUUGUCACCAUCGAAUGCAGUGAGACAGGCUUGGAUGGUGAAGAUCACAUCCGUGUAGGAAAACUUAACAUGGUGGAUCUGGCAGGCAGUGAGCGUCAAAGUAAGACCGGGGCAAAAGGAAAGCGCUUCAAGGAGGCUGCAAAGAUCAACCUGUCCCUGUCUGCUCUGGGCAAUGUCAUAUCAGCCCUGGUGGAUGGCUCGAGCACCCAUGUCCCAUACAGAGACUCCAAACUCACACGGCUGCUGCAGGACUCUCUCGGGGGCAACUCCAAAACAGUAAUGGUGGCCACCAUUGGCCCCGCAUCCUGUAACUACGAGGAGACCAUCACAACCCUGCGGUACGCCAACCGGGCCAAGAACAUCAAGAACAAGCCGCGAAUAAACGAGGACCCCAAAGAGGCCCUGCUCAGGGAGUUCCAGGAGGAGAUUGCCCGUCUGAAAGCACAACUUGAAGAGCGAGGGAUGCUGGCUAAAGAGAGGAGGAGAAAGAGGAGAGACAGCAUCAGGAUGAAGAGAAGCCUGAGCAGUUGGGAGGUGGAGAAGCCGCAAGGGGGUUACGUGGACGUGGUGGAGACCGUGCAGGAGGAGAGGGAUGGAGACGAGACGGAGAGGAAAGCGGAAAAAAUAAAUUACAGGAAAAGUGUCAAUGGGAACUUAGAGAUGUUCCGCCUUCCUGAAGAGAAUGAGAAGACAGUAGAGGAGCUACAGAAAGAGCAAGAGGCCAUGGAACUCAUCAUAGAGAAAUAUAAGUCUAUGGAAAGCAAGCUGUUGGUUGGUGGUAAGAAUAUUGUGGACCACACUAAUGAGCAACAGAAAAUGUUGGAACUGAAAAGGCAAGAAAUUACAGAGCAGGUGAGACAGGAGAGGGAGAUGCAACAGCAGAUGUUUGAGCAGGACGAGGAAACAGUGGAGCUGAGGGAAACCUUCACAACCCUGCAACAAGAGGUUGAACUCAAGACCAAGAAACUGAAAAAGUUGUAUACAAGAUUGCAGCUGGUGAAGACUGAAAUCGGAGAUAUUAUCGAUGAGCAUGUUGCCACAAGACAGGAGCUGGAACAAACACAACACGAACUGAUCAGGGAGAUGAAGUUUAAGAAUUUGAUAAUAGAAAAUUUCAUCCCUCCCGAGGAGAAGAACAAAAUGAUGAAUAGACUACAGUAUGACAGUGAAGAGGACCAGUGGAAGAUGCUUCCCCUUAUUCCCUCAGAGACUCGCCGCUCUCGUGUUAAGCGAAGACCAGCAUCUGUGGUGGGGUACAAGCGGCCCAUCAGCCAGUACGCCCAGUCUGCAGCAGCCACAGGAGCGCCUCCAAGAUACAAGGCAGAGAACAUCAUGCUGCUGGAGCUGGACAUGACUCCACCAGCUAUGUUUCACCUGAACUUAAACGGGACCGAUCUGAUCAGCAGAGACCAACUCCCUGACUUUGUCCACCUUCGGAGGAGAGGCACUGCAACUCGAGUCAGGAAAUCACAAUCCUGGAAUCAGGCACCGUGCAUGCCCUCAACCUCCUCGGCCUGCUGGCUGGCUCCUGGGUCCCCUCGCUGUUCAGGUUCUCAGGGUGCCUGUGGGUCCACCCUUCCUGCUGAGAAAGAGGCCUAACUGAAUCAUCCACGGAUGGACUCCCUGCCUGUAUGCAUCCCUUCAUUCCAAACACAUAAUCUGCUUCCUCUCUAUUGCCAGGGAGAAAGGAAGCAAGACAGGCUUAAAUAGCUUUGCAUUUACUGUUUGUGUUAUUUUUUUUAUUAUUUCAAGCCAAGCAUUUGUAUUAUUUUGUAUUAUUUAAAACUGAGCAUUUUUUGCCUCUGCAGCUUUGUAAACAACGUUUUUAGAAGCUUUCGAUACUUGAAAAGCACAAGGGUGUCUGAAUGGCUUUAAACCAUUAUGCAUAAAAUUAGAUAUGGAAAAUGAACAGCAGCCUUUGUGAACGGUGCAAUGUCGAUCGAAUUAUAACUCAGUGGGUGAGAGCUUUGGUAAACAGCUUUAUUGUGGCCUGAUGUGUGUUUAUGUGGGCCAAAGCAUUUAAAUGGUUGUCUUCUUUUCCCUGUGAAUUGGGGAUGCAUUGUGUAUCUACGUUACAAUGUUACCUAGAAAGAAAUAGAAAAUAAUGUCCAAA